AAUCCGAGCCACCACUAUAAUAAUGAAUCCCUAUCAUCAUCAUAACAUCAUUAUUAUAAUAUAAAUGGACACAUGCACGGACCGUACCAUCAUGCACUUACAUGAUCAACAAGUUCACCCCUUCACUCUUCACUUCCUCAACGUUCCACACCCAUUCUUCAAGAAAAUUAAACCCUCAAACCCAAACAUUUCACUGUUUCAUAAUUCAUACUCAUCACCACCCGCCAAAAUGACCAUCGGCACCCUCCGUCGAUUCUUUCUUCCAUGUUUCUUCCCUUCCAAGCCUCAACCCACCGUUCCUUUCUCCGAUCACCACCACCCACCCACAAAGAACCGGCCUUCCUCGCCGGCUUCUUCGACGUCGUCUUCCACCGCUGCUUCGGCGGCUCCGCCGCGUCCCUCGAAGUCGAUGGUGAUCGGAACCAUCUUCGGUAACCGCCGCGGCCACGUGUGGUUCUGCAUCCAGCACGACCGUCUUUCUUCAAAGCCUUCCCUUCUUCUUGAGCUGCCGCUCUCCACCGACCACCUUGUCCGCGAAAUGCGGAACGGCAUCGUCCGCAUCGCCCUCGAAUGCUCCGCCGCCGCCAACGCCUGCCCCCUCCGCUCCGUCCCCCUCUGGACCGCCUUCUGUAACGGCAAGAAGACCGGCUUCGCCGCCCGCCGCCGCGCCGGAGACCGCGUCCGCAACAUCCUCCGCACCAUGCAGUGCGUCUCCGUCGGCGCCGGCGUCAUCCCCUCCGGCUUCGCCUCCUCCGCCGCCGCAGCCUCCGAGGAACUCAUGUACAUGCGCGCCAACUUCGAACACGUGGUGGGCAACGCCGAUUCCGAAUCGUUUCAUCUCAUCAACCCCGACGAGUGCCCCGGCCAGGAACUCAGUGUGUUCCUUCUCCGAUCCAGACUUGGUGCCACUCGCUGAGUUCACACCGAUUCAAAGUUCAUCUUUUUAUAUUUAUUUUCCGGUACAGAAAAAGAAAGAAGUCCUUCCAUGAAAUAUAAUAUUUUCUUUUUUCAGGGGCAAAACAGAAAAUUGUUGGUUUUCUUGAUUUUUGGGGUAAACCCAGAUAUUUCGCGGCCCCGAGAGUCGAGACGAAAUAUGUACUUAAGGAUGAAGGUUACUUGUCAUUAUAUCACAUUUUGAAUGUAUUUCGAUUUUCAUUUUUUCUUUUUACUUCUGAGAUCCGUGUCUUGUAAAAAAAAAUGAUUUUUCUUUAAAAGGGUGACUGUGUUGUAAUUGUUGCCCAUGUGAGUUCUGUGUAAAGUUGAUGGGUUUUUCUAGGA